CAUGCGUUUUGUCCAAGGUACAAAUGUAAAACUUUUUCUGGAACAAAGUUAUAUCGUGCAGGUACCAUGGUGCCGUUGCAAAUACUUGAACUUUUAUUCGUGCUGAUUAUUGUUGCAAGCAAUAUAAGACAAGGAAAUGGAUAUUCAGAGGAUAUGAACGCGCAAGAAGUAAAUGAGGAGGAAGAUAUGUUAAAAGAUGCGCCAGAUUCAGCGAUUGGAGGUUCCUAUAAUGUUAAAAGCAGCAAAGGAGGAAGACGCGUAUUUGCAGGGGGUUGUACCCGUAGACCGAACGCGCCUGUGAACGGCAAAAUAAAAUGUUCUCUGGACAGUGGUUGUACCGCAAGUUGUGCGUCUGACUAUAAAUUUCCAAACGGUGCGUUUCAACUAACGAUUACCUGCGUCGAUAAGGAAUGGCACGUUGGAGGAACCGAGUGGAACUCUGUACCACAUUGUGAACCGAUCUGCAUGCCGGAAUGUCAAAAUAAUGGAAUAUGUGUUGCGCCUCAUCAUUGCGACUGUCCCAAACACUUUACUGGUCCGCAGUGCCAAUUCGAAGAUAGACCAUGUUUAAAUUAUUCUCCACCCGUUCUCAAUUCUUAUAAAAGAUGUAAUGCGAAAACAUGCACUAUAUCUUGUAUGGAGCGUUUUACUUUUCCCGACGGUUCAUCCGUCGCUAAUCUAAUCUGUAAGAAUGGGAGUUGGAUGCCAACUAGAAGCGAUUGGGUUUCAAUUCCGGAUUGCGAACCUGUGUGCGAUCCACCUUGUCAAAACGGUGGCAAUUGUCUGCCGAUGAAUGUAUGCCAAUGUCCACAGGAUUAUCGAGGACCUCAGUGUCAAUACUCUGCUGAUGUUUGCGAUGCCGAGAAACUACAUUUCAACGGUGGAUAUUACUGCAAAGAUUCUGGCGACACGUAUUCUUGCACGCUCUACUGCCCAUCAGGAGUGCAAUUCGAAUUUCCGGCUUCUUCGGUUUACACUUGCACUUACGAUAAAGGAAUCUUCGAACCGCAGCCUGUACCGCAAUGCAAGAUUGACAAUAACAUCAAGAUCAUUUCACAUGGCACAUUCCACAACACCUACGUACGGGAAUCGAAUCACUCCUGGUCAAUGGAAAAUGUUUAUAACACCAAAACGAAACACUCUGAAGAGAUUUAUGAAAAGUACAGGGUUUACGACAGCAAUGUGUCACAUCCAAUUCGAUUUAAUGAUGAUCGCAUAACGGUCUUUGAAAUAAAUCGACCGAAACCGAAAAUAUGCUUCACCUGGGGAGGCGCGCACUACAAAACUUUCGAUGACAGAAUCUACAGCUUCGACAGCGACUGCUCGCACACGCUUCUUCGGGAUACUCAAGACGGCGUUUGUACAAUCGUGGUAUCGAAUGGUCCGGGCUGCAGAAUCGGAUCGGAUCGUCAUUGCUCCAAGAUCGUGAAACUAUUUGUGCACGACAAGAAGUACGUACUCACCAGCGACGACAUAGGUAUGCCGAUAUUUUCCAACAACAAACGAUCGUUGCCGAUACCGAUAUACUUGCCUGGAUUGCGCGUGGACAAAUCCGCGCAUUUCAUCCUCGUCUCUCUCGACUCGCUGGGCGUGAAGCUGAAGUGGGACGGCGCCUUGCUAUUGCAGAUUGAAGCUUCUGAGAGCAUGUGGAACAAAACGGCUGGCCUAUGCGGUACUAUGAACGAUGAUCCAAACGAUGAAUUCUUAAUGAAGACUGGAAGUUACGCUCGAACUGUAACGGCGUUGGCAAGUUCUUGGCGUGUCGGAAGUUUCGAAGAAACAUGUGAUGAUUAUCCAAGUAUUCAACAUGCGUGUGAAUCGAAAGACAAGUUUGCCCAUGAUGCACUCCAGUUCUGCGUCCAGUUGCUCUCCAACAAUAAAUUUAAGGCGUGCGCUGACACAAUUAAUCUUCCUGAACUGACCGAUGCAUGUUUGUGGGAUUAUUGCGCGUGCAAACACGAAGACAGAAGAAAAUGCGCCUGCGACACGAUGGACGUUUAUAUCCGCCAAUGUGCUCACAAAGGAAUUGCGCGAUCAACAGCGUGGAGAAACGAUGAUACUUGUCCGAUUAACUGCGAUGGUGGACAAGUGUAUAUGUCAUGCGGUCCAAAGGUGGAAGCGUCUUGUACUUCUAGUAUCGAAGCAACAAGCGAGAGUUCUGAGUGCGAGGAGGGCUGUUUCUGUCCUGCAGGUACCUUGGAGCACCAAGGGAAAUGUGUCACUCCAGAGGAGUGCCCAUGCAGGUUGAGGGGCAAAUUGUUCCAGCCAGGCACAAGCGUGCCAAAAGGCUGCAAUACUUGCACAUGCACUUCCGGUAAGUGGGUGUGCACGCAAAUACGAUGUGGUGCUAGAUGCGCCGUCUUGGGCGACCCGCAUUAUACUACGUUUGAUGGCAAACACUACGAUUUUAUGGGAAAGUGUAAAUAUUACUUAAUGAAAGGAGAAAAUUACACGAUCGAAAGUGAAAAUGUUCAGUGUUCCGGAGCGAUAUCUCAGAGUAUGGGCUUUACUUCUGCAGGCUCCCCAUCGUGCGUCAAGGCUGUUACAAUUACUUUCAAGAAUACCUCUAUAAAAUUAAAGCAGAAUCGCCAGAUUACGAUAAAUGCUGAUGAAAUAACGAAGUUCCCGACGCUUUUUGAUGGUGCCCGAAUACGAAUUGCGAGCAGCAUAUUUAUGGUGAUUCAUCUGCCAAACGCUUUGGAAGUGUGGUGGGACGGUGUAUCACGUGUUUACAUUAAUGCUCCUGCUGAAUUUCACGAUCAAACGAAAGGACUUUGCGGAACAUUUACCGAAAAUCAAAAGGAUGAUUUUAUAACUCCUGACGGUGAUAUUGAACCCGCGGCGAUCGCCUUCGCCAAUAAGUGGAAGACAAGUGAAUAUUGCGUUAAUGAGCCUGAGAAUGAAUCAAAACAUCCCUGCGAGUUAAAUCCUGAAAGGCGCGCGACCGCGGAAGAACACUGCUCCAAAAUACAUAGUGAUAUUUUCUCAGAUUGCCAUUGGCAUGUCGAUCCGACGGAAUUUUACCGAGAUUGCAUGUACGAUAUGUGCGCAUGCGAUGCUGAUAUAAAAUCGUGUCUUUGCCCUAUGUUAGCAGCGUAUGCAAAAGAUUGCGCGGCUCUAGGCGUAAAGCUUUCGUGGCGCACUGAGAUUGAUGAAUGUAAAAUUCAUUGCAGCGGCGGACAGACUUAUCAAAUCUGUGGAAAUAGUUGCACAAGAUCGUGUACGGACAUCUCCUUUUAUCGGGAUUGUAAGCAAGAAUGCGUAGAAGGUUGCAACUGUCCAGAAGAUCAAACAUUAGACGUGAAUGGCGAGUGCGUCCCAAUCGCUCAGUGUCCCUGCGUGCAUGCAGGUCGCGAAUACAAGCCUAAUCAUCGAGAAGUCCGUCCAGGCAACAAGGGACAAGAGCUUUGCUCUUGCAUAGGCGGUGUAUGGGAAUGCCGGUUAGCAACGCCAAACGAAAUUCGGGAGUAUCCACCGGUCACAGAAUUACUCUCUGUUUGCCAGGCUAGCAAACAUCUGGAAGUGACAGAUUGCGAGCCGGUGGAGCAGAGAACUUGUAGCAACAUGCACAUACAAAGCGAACAGACACCAUCAGUGUGCACAUCUGGUUGUGUCUGCAAAUCCGGAUAUGUUUUAGAUACACCAAAUGGUGCUUGCAUCAAAGAAGAGGACUGUCCCUGUCAUCAUGGCGGAAAGAGCUACAAACAAGGCUCAGUUAUACAAGCCGAGUGUAAUACUUGUACGUGCGAGGGCACCAAAUGGAAAUGCACGGACAGAACUUGCGCAGGAGUCUGUUCUGUAUGGGGUGAUUCGCAUUAUAAAACAUUUGACGGUAAAACAUAUGAUUUCCAAGGUGUCUGCGACUACGUUUUGGUGAAGAGUACUUUGAAUAAGGAAGAUUGUUUUGAUGUUUCGAUUCAGAACGUACCUUGUGGUACAAAUGGAGUUGCGUGCUCGAAAUCGAUCAAGCUUACGAUUGGCAGUGGUGAACAACAGGAAGAGUUAAUUUUGACAAAAGGAAAGGAGUUACCCAAGGGAUCUUUUAAGAGAUUAUCGAUAAGGUCCGUUGGUCUCUUCGUAUUUGUUGAUGUGCCAGAUUUAGGAUUGGUGCUGCAAUGGGAUAAAGGUACCAGAGUUUACGUAAGAUUAAAUCAGGAAUGGAAGGGUCGCACGAUGGGUCUAUGUGGCGAUUACAACAAUAAUGCCGAGGACGAUUUUAAGACACCAUCUGGAGGGAUAUCUGAGGCUUCCGUCAAUCUGUUUGGGGAUUCAUGGAAAAAGGAUACGUUCUGUCCUGAACCGAAAGAUGUACAGGAUGUCUGCGAACAACAUCCUGAACGUAAACUAUGGUCGCUACGACAGUGCAACGUGCUGAAGUCAUCAUUGUUCUCACCGUGUCAUUCCGAAGUGGAGGUCGAGCCGUAUCUGCGCAACUGUAUUUUCGACACAUGUAGCUGCGACGCCGGUGGCGACUGUGAGUGCCUGUGCACGGCGUUGGCUGCAUACGCGCACGAAUGCAAUGUACGAGGUGUCCCGGUGAAAUGGCGAACGCAAGAACUCUGCCCGUUGCAGUGCGAUGAGAAAUGUAGCACGUAUUCACCUUGUGUUUCGACCUGUCCGCGUGAAACGUGCGAUAAUUCUAUGAUUGUGAGAGAUGGCUCGCAUCUAUGUGCGGAGGAUACAUGCGUGGAGGGCUGCCAGUUUCAAUCUUGUCCCGAAGGCCAAGUGUAUCGAAACGCCAGUUACACGGAAUGUAUACUCAAAUCGACGUGCCCAAAACCUUUCUGUAUCGAGCUUGAUGGGAUGACAUAUUAUGAGGGUGACAGAGUUAGUGGUGACGAUUGCCACAGUUGCUUUUGCAGUCGUGGCAAGGUGAUCUGCAAAGGAGAAGCCUGCACCAGCAUGACUACCGCUGGUACUACUGCUGUGCCCUUGGCGGAACCCCAGAAAUGCAUAGAUGGCUGGACCACGUGGAUCAACAAGGAUCCAGCGGUGAAAGGAAAGAAGUUCUUGGAUGUGGAACCCUUGCCCAAGUCGAUGGAUCUUGCUAACGCAAACGGAUUUGCAGUUUGCGACAGGGAGUACAUAGUUGAUAUAAAAUGCAGAUCUGUUAAAGAACACUUAAGUCCAAAGGAGACCGGUUUGGACGUGGAGUGCAGCUUGGAGCGUGGUUUGUAUUGCCAAUCGCAUCCGGAUCUUCCUUGCAUAGAUUUCGAGAUUAGCGUAUUAUGCCGUUGCUCUGAACCAACUACGCACGGUAUCGAAAAGACAACGGAGAUUACGGGGGAAGGGGAAAAAUGUGACGUCGCGCAGCCCAAUUUGCCACAUCCGACGAAUUGUCAGCUGUUUUAUCAGUGCGUUUCUACAUUGACGGGACAAGAAUUGAUAGAAAAAUCAUGUAGUCCCGGUACUCUUUACAAUUCGAAGAUUCACGUGUGCGAUUGGCCGACAGAAGUUUUACGCACGCGACCAGAAUGCUCGGUUGAGUCCGGAGGAACUACGCAAGCCAGUGGCAAAACCCAGUGGAGCAGCAAUAGUAUCAGUCAUUACAAUAACACACUGUCGACCACAGUGGAAAAAAUAGUAUCAACUAUGAAGGUGUGCAAGGAAGACGAGACAUGGAGUGAAUGCGCAAUCCAGUGCGCUAGGGCGUGUCAGUACUAUCGUCACAUUCUAAUGACGCAGGGUCUUUGCAACGAAGGUACUGAUUGCGUUUCCGGAUGCGUCUCGAUCGACCGACCGACGUGUCCUUCGCACAAGUUUUGGAGAGACGGUAUCACUUGCGUGGAGGCGAAUCACUGUUCUUGUAAGUCCCAUGAUGGAGGCUCAGUUGCGCCCGGUGCUAUAAAAAAAGAAUCUGACUGCGAGACCUGCCAAUGUGUCAAUAAUUAUUAUACUUGCGAUACAGCUUUAUGCGAUAUCUCGGGUCAUGAAGUGACAGCUGAAACUGGAAGAGGACCGGAAACAACCACACAACCACCGCUCAGUACGACCUUGAGAAGUACUUGGGAAACAUUACCAGUCAUCGGAUCAUCCGUCAGUGAGCAAACGAUUCUUCUACAUAGCACGGUCACUCCGCCUGGAGAAUGCAGUGAUGCCAAUUACGUACCGCUGAUACAAAAUCUGCGGGAAGAAGUGAUUGUCCGUUCUAGCGGCAAUAAGAAUUCUGUUUUACGAUCCGAGGAUUUGUUAGUGUAUACGGAAGGAACAAUGUUGCUACCCAAGAAAUUCUGGGAACCUGAGAUGUUGAACACGGAUCAAUGGCUUAAUAUCGAGUUUAAUAAACCUGAACCAAUUUAUGGAGUGAUUCUGCAAGGCGGCGUUUCUGAAGAUAAAUUUGUAACUAGUUACAAGAUGCUCUUCUCGGAGGACGGCCAAACCUUCUCAUAUGUACUCGAUCAUGAGAAACAGCCACGCGUGUUUAGAGGACCCAUUGAUAAAAUCCAGUCUGUGAAGCAAAUAUUCUAUCAACCAAUUGAAGCGAAGAUUAUUCGUAUCAAUCCUCUGACAUGGCACAAUGGAAUCGUAAUUAAGAUGGAAGUGCUGGGUUGUCAGGAUCACGUAACGUCAACGACAACGAAAACAACUUCUGAAAAGGUCGUGAUACCAGUGUGCGAGGAUUCAAUGGGAUUGGAUAACGGACUGAUGACCAUGCAACAAAUUUCAGUGUCGAGCUCGCCGCAGCUGGUUCAAUAUCUUCGGUUGUCCACGGAAAGUGCGUGGCGUGCCGCUUUGGACAAUCCUCAUCAAUACGUUCAGUUCAACUUCCUAGAAGCUCGAAAUCUGACCGGAGUCACAACUAAAGGCGGCGACGGCGCUUGGACGACCGCUUACAAAAUAUUUUACAGCAACGACGGACGUUAUUGGAAUCCAGUCGUCGAUGAGGACGGCGAUGAGAAGGUGUUUCUCGGUAAUUUUGACGCGGAAAGCCAGCGGACGAAUUUCUUCGAGAGACCAUUACACGCGAAGUUCCUAAAGAUACAACUCGUCAAGUGGCACAAUCAUAUUGCGUUGAAAGUCGAAAUCCUAGGCUGUUAUCUAAUGUAUCCUGUGUCAUCAACGACAUCAACAAUCAAAUCGACGACGACGUUUAAUCAAGAAUGCAACGUGUGCGACGGAAUUGAUCAAACGUCGAACGACGAAGGUUGCAAAUGCGAGGAUCCUCACUGGUGGGACGGGGAGUCGUGCAUACCAAAGCGAGAAUGUCCUUGCGUGGUUGGACACGUACCUUACGCGGUAGGUAGCAUGUACGAGACGGACGAUUGCCAGCAAUGCGUGUGCUCCUUCAGCGGAACAGCCGCUUGCUUGCCGAAGAAGUGCGAGCCUUGCUUGGAACCGGGCCUGCGAUCUGUUGUCGGUGAAUUAUGCGCCUGUCUCUGCAAACCUUGCCCAGCAGGCACCAGGCACUGUCCCACAAGCGACGUGUGUGUAAACGAGACCGCAUGGUGCAACGGUGUUCAGGAUUGUCCGGAUGAUGAGAUAGAUUGUCCAAAGAUAAUUUCUACGACACCUAUCGUGAUCGAAUCUUCGACAACAAUCAAACAAGAAAUCACUACUAUCAGUCCCCCUCCAUUGCCAUGUGAGAAACCGAUUUGUCCACUCGGUUACAGAUUAGUUUUCAAGCAGGCGUCUCAGCUAUACGAUAAACCAUAUCGUAAUGUUAAGACGAAUGUAAAAUCCAAAGGUCACAAAAGUUUUAUUAAGGAGUACAAAAAGCAUCCAUAUCGUCAUCCGAUUCAUGAUCGUCCAAUGAAGGAUCAAUUAGCAUCGGAAAGUAUUCAAUGCCCUGAGUUUAUUUGUGUGGCCAAUAAACCUCCUGUCUAUCCUAACGGGGAAAAGUCUGAGAAGUGUCCAGAGGUGUCUUGUCCACCUCAGUACGAAGUAGUGUAUAAGAAGAUGAGCAUGUACAAGAUGCACAAAUGUCCCAAAUAUGCUUGCCGACCAUUACCACCACAGGAGGUAAUUUGCAACGUUACAGGUCGAACAUUCAACACGUUCGAUAACAUGGAAUACAAGUACGAUAUCUGCAAUCACAUUUUAGCCCGAGACAUGUAUGGUAAUGAGUGGUAUAUUACGUUGGAGAAACAGUGCAUCGACUCGCGUGGACAGUGGUCUUGCACACGGGUCUUGGUGGUGACGCUGAAUGAACGCGCAAUCGUGCUUUAUCCAGAUUUACAUGCAGACAUUGACGAGCACACUUUCACGGCCGAGCAGAUCGCGCGACUCGGAAAUCGAUUACCCGGUUUUAAGCUUUCACGCACAGGCGACAAGAUCAUCUUUGUCUCGCAUCGCUAUGGUUUUUGGGUGAUCUGGGACUCGGGCACCAACGUAAAGAUCGGCGUCACCACUAAACUGGCAGGUCGCGUGGAUGGCUUGUGCGGAUACUUCGACGGUGAUAUCACGAAUGAUCGCCAGACACCUGAAGGUACACAAGCGAGAAGCACAGUUCAGUUUGGGGACAGCUGGGCGAUGGAAAACACAGAAUGCGAUGUACAUGUAUGUCCACAUGACGUUCAGGAACGGGCUUGGACCAUCUGCAAUUCCGUGAAAAGUCCAAUGCUACUAGACGCGUGUUCUGCAGUUGUCGACGUCGACAGAUUUAUGUCUGGCUGCGUGGAGAGCAUGUGCUCUUGUUUGCAAACUUCUAAUAGUUCCUAUGAAGACUGUCGGUGUCGUUUACUGACGAGCUUCGUUGGCGAAUGCGAAGCUACUCUCGGUCCUGGCGCUGAUCCGUUAUCGGAUUGGAGAACCGCUUAUGAUUGUCCUGCGAGUUGCCCAUCACCGUUUGUUCAUCGGGAUUGCUUCCGCAACAAGUGCGAAAUCACCUGCGACAAUUUACACGAAGUGGAACCAUGUCCGUCAAUGCGAGGCGUUUGCUUCCCCGGCUGCUUCUGCCCGGAUGGACUGGUGCGUCGAAAUGACGAAUGUGUGCUGCCAGCGCAAUGUCGGGAUUGCGUGUGCGAUGGGCUUGGCGAUGCCAAGUUCAUCGAUUUCAAUCGCCAGGGCUUCAUGUUCGCCGGUAAUUGUACCUACCUGCUUUCGGGAAAUGUCGUGGAGAACGCGAAGAAUCGGGAAGAGACUCGUGUAUAUCAAAUCUUGAUCACUAAUGGGUAUUGCGGUACCGGUACAUGUACAGAAGCUAUCACCCUGCUCUACGAGAAGCACAUAGUACAAAUCAAACGAGCAGAACGUUCAAAGGAUCUACGGGUGAUAAUCAACGAUUCCCAGGUGGAAAACUUCCCGCACAACCUUACAUGGAUUGUUUUAAAUCGAAUGUCGACCGGAGAUGUAACUUUGCUCAUACCGUCUUUUCAAUUAGAACUUGUUACCUUCCAACAGAACUUCGCAUUUACCUUGAAACUACCUUCGCAUAUCUUCAGCGAUGAUACUGAGGGUUUGUGCGGCAGUUGCAACGCCGAUGCCGAAAAUGGUUUCGAGAAACGUGAUGGAGAGAUUACCAAUGACGUCGAGGAGUUUGGCAAAUCCUGGUUGGUCGAAGAUCUGUUGCCGCAGUUGGGUUGGAGCGAUCAAACAUGUUCCAGUAAUCAUCAACUUCAAUGUACGCCUCCACCAGAGGAAGAAGAUUUCUGCAAGAAGUUUUUAUUAGAUUUAGCAACGUUCAAGCAAUGUCAUAGCAUUGUUGAUCCAAAACCAUAUUUAGAUUGUUGUCACGAUGCGUUAUGCACUGGCAGAAAUUAUUGCGACAGCUUAGAGAUGUACGCGAGGAAGUGUUCGGAAGCUGGUCUAUGUUUAGAUUGGAGAACUAACGAAAUCUGUCCUUACAAGUGUCCCAAAGAUCUUGUCUACCAGGCAUGUGGAUCCAGCUGUAAAGAAACAUGUGAUACCAUAAACGGUUCAGAUAAUUCUAAGUGCGCGUCUGAUCUUGUCGAAGGAUGUUUUUGUUCAGUGGAUCAUGUGUUCCAUAAUGAUUCCUGUAUACCGAAGAAGAAUUGUUUUAUUUGUGAUAAAGAUGGUCACGUGCAGGGAGAUAUCUGGCACCCGGAUAAAUGCACCGAAUGCAAUUGCAAUGAUGGAGUUGUAAACUGUCAAACGAUGGAAUGUCCUGUGUUGGAUACGAUCUGUGAAGAAAAUAUGACACCUGUACUUAUCAAUGGAACUGAGGAGAGAUGUUGCGCUAAAUAUUUGUGUGCUCAAAAGCCGACAGCGCCUACAAUAUGUAUUGAGUCACAGGAGCCAGAAUGUGGCUUUGGUCAGACAAUGAAAGCGAUUACCGAUGCUGAUGGUUGUCACAAAUUUAUAUGUCAAUGCUUGCCUGUAAGCGAAUGUCCCAUUUUCGAUAAUUUUACAAAUGAAAUUGAGCAACUACAACCUGGUUUUAUACAUAUAAUGAAUACAUCUGGUUGCUGCCCGCGACCAAGUAAAAUAUGCGAUCCGAGAAUUUGUCCUUCUGCACCAAACUGUCUGGAUUAUUAUAAUGUUAUUACAACAAUGCUUGUAGACAGUUGUUGUCCCACUUACGAAUGUGUGCCGCCAAAGGAUGUUUGUCUUUAUACAAAUAAUGAAGAACAAGGCAAACAACAAGUGGUAGCAAAAAAAAUUGGUGAAGAAUGGAAGGACGGUAAAUGCAAAUCGUGCGUGUGCGAGAAUUCGGAUGAUGGUCCUAAAACAAAUUGUUUACUCACGGAAUGUUCAAGUAUGAGCGCACAUCCUGAUGUAGACGAUUAUGUACUUGAAGAAAUAUUAUUGAAUGAUAAAUGCUGUCCAAUCUUCGAGCGUACUGCUUGCAAAUGGAAAGGCAAUAUAUACAAUAUUGGCGAAAGUUGGAAGCCCAAUAUUGAAGAUGCUUGCCUCAUGAUGCAAUGUAACAAAGAUUCAGGUAGUAUACAGAUAUUGAAUAAAGUUCAAGAAUGUGAUAUCACGUGUGAUUAUGGGUACAAAUAUCAAGCGCCUAAAGAUACCAGCGUUAAUUGCUGUGGUUCGUGUAUCCAAGUUGCAUGCAUUGUAGAAGACACGCUUAAAAAUGUAGGAGAACAAUGGUACUCUGACGAUCAUUGUACAAUGUAUCUUUGCAAAUCAAUAAAUGGAAGUGUGUACCUAGAAGCGAGUACUGAAACUUGCCCAGAAAUCGAUCCGCAAGUGAAAUCCGAGUUCGAAAUAGAAGCACACAAAAUUCCAGGAAGAUGUUGUCCGGAAAUUGUUAAAACAGCUUGUCGUAAUGAUGGAAAAUUGUAUAAACCUGGAGAAAUUUGGAAAUCUCUCACAGAUAGCUGUGUCAUCGAGACAUGUGUGGAUGGUCCGAAUAUAACAAAGCGUAUAGAGGUUGAAGUGUGUUCAAAACAGUGUGCUCAAGGAUGGUCGUAUCAAGAACCAGAAGAUGGUAAAUGUUGCGGAGAAUGCAAGCAAGCGUUUUGUGUGCUCGAAGAUACUCUGUAUGCGCCUGGCAUGACAUGGUCGUCCGAUGAUAAUUGUACUACUUAUAUGUGCAUGGAAACUAACGAACAGCUAUCUCUUGCUGUGAGUCCAGUUGCUUGUCCAGAUGUAACAAAUUGCCCUGAUGAAUCGAUUUAUCAUGAUCAAUGCUGCAAACAAUGUAAUAUGAGCGUUAAUAUAAAAGAUCAGAUUAAAGAAACAUGUGAAGCAGUUUUCAUAGAUGCAAAUAGUACUGUAGGUAUGCUGAGUAUAAAUCAUUCAUUUCAUGGAAAAUGUAAAAACGUGGAUGCUAUUGAGGGUAUUAAACAAUGCAGUGGAUCAUGCCAAUCUUCAACAUUCUUUGACAGUGAAAACUGGAAUCAAGUAAAUGAUUGUCAGUGUUGUCAAGUGAAAGAAUACAUGGGUAUCAUUGCCAAUUUGAAAUGCGAAGACGGCAAAAGAUUGAAGAAACAAAUGGCAAUACCGCGUUCUUGUUCUUGUCAAAAUUGUGGUUCCUCAAAUGUUAAGAACGAUAAUAAGACAAAGACGAAGGGUUAAUCUCUAAAGGAUGUAUGCUUGCUUGAUCAUUUAUUCUUAUUCAUGUAUUUUUAAAUAAGAUAUUCUCUCCUGUAUUUCAAUAUAU